AUGGAGGAUGUCAACAUUGAUGAGAAUGCUCCAACUCCUACACCAACUACUCAAGUAACUGAAGAGGAACCAGUGGGGCUUGAGGAUGAUGCUGACAAGAUAAUUAAGCUACUGACCAGAGGAAUAAGGGAACGGGAUAUUGUCUCGAUUUUUGGCAUACCUGGUCUCGAAAAGACCACUUUGGCGAAAAAAAUAUUCAAAGAUUCUUCUAUUGUUUCUCACUUUGAUGUUCGAGCUUGGGUUACAAUUUCGCAAUCAUAUGAUGUGAGAGAGCUGUUGAGGAUUAUCUAUAAGCAAGUGACAGGUGUUAAGUACGGUGAUAAGGAGAGUGACAUAGCCGAUAUGUUUGCGCAAGUGUUUAAUGGGCAAAAGAUAUCUCAUUGUCUUCGAUGA